CAUUUUUACACAUGCCUGAGUGGCAAAACUUUGUGACCUUCUUACAUCAAUGUUGCUGAUUUUUCUGGAAUAUCAAGGAAAUUCAAAGUAGUAUAGUGAUCUUUACUAGCAGACGGAAAGAAAUAAGCUGCAGAUAUUUUAGUUUUGAUAUAUUUUUUGUUACUCAAGUGCAACAUUCAAUAGUUCAUUAUUUCAAUGCUGAACGAUCUAAGUCAUGGUAGUCAGAUUUUGAAGUCUGUUGCGCAUGUUUUGAACUUAUUCGAUACCUGUAAGGUAAAGUAUGCCGAAGUACUAUUGUGACUACUGUGAUACCUACUUAACUCAUGAUUCUCCAUCUGUGAGAAAGACACAUUGUGGUGGUAGAAACCACAAAGAUAAUGUAAAGGAAUAUUACCAAAAAUGGCUGGAAGAACAAGUCCAAAGAUUAGUAGAUCACACAUCUGAAGCAUACAAGCAAGGUAAAAUGCCACCACCACUAUUUGGGGCUGCAGCAGGAAUACCACCCCCUGGGCUUGGUUACCCCCCUCGCUAUCCUCCUAUGAUCGGUGUUCCAACUGGUUUCAGACCACCCCUCCCAUUAGUUCCUCCACAGGGCAUGAUCAUUCCACCCAGACCGCAAAUCCCGUGGCCUCAACCAGGAGUUGCAGUACCCCCGACAUACACUGUACCACCACAGUGACAUGAUUAAAUAAUGAUCGUUUUUAGUAUGUCACUAUAAACAAAAACUAUGUAAUCAUUUGAAAUUCGAUUGUUUUUCGAAAGCGUUAUUUUUCUUGGUAAAACGUGGAAAUGUCACCACACAAUUAUAGAAGUGUUGCGUUUUCUCUUAUUUGCAUUCUUCAAAGAAUUCUUUCUGUAAUUAUUCUGAAAAGUUUAAUUCCUAGGAAAAGAUACAUCGUGUUACUGC